GCGGCGGCGCGGGGCACGCCGGGGAGCAGAGCGGCGUCCCCGGGAGCGGCGCGCAGGAUCAGAGCACCUUGGAAUAAAUGUGAGUACCAGAUUUUGCACUGGCUAGAGCUGCCUUGGAAAGCCAUGGCUACUGCCCCUCAUCUGAAUUCAGAUGCGCUCCGAGAGGUCCUGGAAUGUCCCAUUUGCAUGGAAUCCUUUACUGAAGAGCACCUGAGACCCAAGCUCUUACACUGCGGGCACACGAUCUGCAAACAAUGCUUGGAAAAACUCCUAGCAAACAGCAUUAAUGGGAUACGUUGCCCCUUUUGCAUCAAAAUCACACGGAUCACAAACUUAGCUCAGCUGACUGACAAUCUUACUGUGCUGAAGAUCAUAGACACCACAGGACUAGGUGAAGUGGUGGGUCUUCUUAUGUGCAAGGUUUGUGGGAGAAGGUUGCCUAGACACUUUUGUAAGAGCUGUAGCUUGGUUUUAUGUGAGCCAUGCAAGGAGACAUCACACAUGCCCCAAGGGCACAAUGUCAUUGCUAUCAAAGAGGCUGCUGAAGAGCGUAGGAGGGAAUUCGGAACGAGGCUUGCCAGACUUCGGGAGCUCAUGGGGGAUCUGCAGAAAAGAAAAGCAUCUCUUGAGGGUGUCUCAAAAGACUUGCAAUCAAGAUACAAAGCAGUUUUGCAGGAUUACAGCAAAGAAGAGCGCAAGAUCCAGGAAGAACUGGCCAGGUCACGCAAGUUCUUCACCACCUCUUUGUCUGAAGUGGAGAAGGUAAAUAAUCAGAUAAUGGAGGAACAAGCUUAUCUGCUGAAUUUAGCAGAAGUGCAGAUACUGUCUCGCUGUGACUAUUUUCUUGCCAAAAUAAAGCAAGGAGAUAUAGCUCUCUUGGAGGAGGCAGCAGAUGAGGAAGAGCCAGAACUGACAAACAGUCUGCCAAGGGAGCUGACUCUUCAAGAAGUUGAGCUCCUUAAGGUGAGCCAUGUGGGACCGCUGCAGAUUGGGCAAGUGGUGAAGAAACCUCGGACUGUUAACAUGGAGGAAUCACUCAUGGAAACUGCAGCAUCCUCGUCGGCAUCAUUUAGGGAGCCUGAACUGGUGCAAGAAGAGGCCAGCUGCACACCAAAUUCCUCACCAGCAAAGCCAAGGAUGCCUGAAGCAGCAACCAGCAUCCAGCAGUGUCACUUCAUCAAGAAGAUGGGUUCCAAGGGCAGCCUGCCAGGGAUGUUCAAUCUCCCCGUCAGCCUACACGUCACUCUCCAAGGAGAGGUGCUUGUGGCAGACCGUGGUAAUUUCCGAAUCCAGGUUUUUACCCGUAAAGGCUUUCUGAAGGAGAUCCGCCGGAGCCCUAGUGGAAUUGAUAGCUUUGUAUUAAGUUUCCUUGGAGCAGACUUGCCCAAUUUGACUCCCCUUUCUGUCACCAUGAACUGCCAUGGCCUGAUAGGUGUGACUGACAGCUACGAUAACUCUGUAAAGGUGUACACUAUGGAUGGCCAUUGCGUCGCAUGUCAUCGGAGCCAGCUAAGCAAGCCAUGGGGCAUCACAGCCCUGCCUUCUGGGCAGUUUGUAGUGACCGACGUGGAAGGGGGAAAACUAUGGUGUUUCACAGUGGACCGUGGUGUUGGGGUAGUCAAGUACAGUUGCUUAUGUAGUGCAGUCCGCCCUAAGUUUGUUACUUGUGAUGCUGAAGGGACCAUAUACUUUACUCAAGGGCUAGGACUUAACCUGGAAAACCGCCAGUAUGAGCAUCAUUUAGAAGGAGGCUUUUCAAUUGGCUCUGUGGGUCCAGAUGGGCAGCUGGGACGCCAGAUUAGCCACUUCUUCUCAGAGAAUGAGGAUUUCAGGUGCAUUGCUGGGAUGUGUGUAGAUGCCAGGGGAGACUUAAUUGUUGCCGAUAGCAGCCGUAAAGAAAUUCUGCAUUUUCCUAAAGGAGGUGGCUAUAAUAUCUUAAUCCGGGAAGGACUCACCUGCCCAAUUGGUAUAGCCAUUACUCCCAAAGGGCAGCUGUUAGUGCUUGACUGUUGGGAUCAUUGCAUUAAGAUCUACAGUUACCACCUGAGAAGAUACUCCACUCCCUAAAGGCAUUUCUCUAGGUAAAGCCCCUUUGGUCAUUAUGCAUUCUUCCAGCCUCACUGCAGUUUGACAGAAACCAAUGUCAAACUUUCAGGUAGACUGUGCCAAAACCCAAGGGGGUUUGGCAUAGAGGCCAUCGUAUUUUGUGUUUAGAAACAAAAUAGCUUGCGUGGUGGUGUUCUGUGUUUUUUUUUUAAUCUAUACAAUGAAAAAAAGCAUGAGGGAAAGAACCCUUGGGAGUAUCCGUUCUGUGUUAAAUGACUGGUCACUCCAUAAACCUCUUCACCUUCUUAUGUGACAUCUCCUACUUCAAGCUUCAACUAUUGUAUCUUUCUUUGUGCCAUAAACACUGACUGACUGCUCUAAAUCACUUUCUCUUAGAGGACUUAGAGAAGCAAUCCUCUUGCUGUGGUACUUGCAGGGAACUCAGUAGCAGUUGUCUGGGCAACUACUAGAGAAAGCAAUUUCUGAUUGCAGCACUGCAUAAACCAAAAUAGCCCUCUUAAACUGCACAAAGAUGGAGCUUUACUUUCAACCUGAAGAGUGAGGUUUUUCUCUCCCCGUUGUCCUGGUAUUCAGGAGAUCGCCCGGCGUGCCAUUUGUGAACCCUCUCUGUUCAAUGUGAAGUGAGUACUGUGCAAUCAUGGGAGACUGAGCUGAGCCAGAAAACUGCCCUCUGAAGGCAAUGGGAUUUUUAUUACUAUUAAGAGUUCUACUAGUUAAAAGGGGAUAAAAACAGGGUGAGGGUUGGGAGAAAAAAUACGGGAAACCUACUGUUGGUAUUCACGGGUGUUUUAUUAUUAACUGUAUCUUGGAAACUGUCUUUGGAAGGCAUGUUUGGUAUCUGAAGCUUUGU